AUGAAAAUGGGAGGAACACACAAAAAUAUUUCUUAUGAAAUCAAAAUUAAGAACAGUUUACAUAGUUUCAAAGAAAUAGACAUCCCAACGCUAGAGAAAAUAUUAGAAACAGCACCAAAGGUAACUCACAAUUUUAAUCAAUAUAAAGCCAACCUCGAUACGUUACAAACACAAGUCAAUAGCCUACUAUUCGAACGACGUAUAAAUUCACUCAAAGAAUAUGGCAUUUUAACAUUACAAAUAUUAGAAUACGUAGCCCUAGGACUAGGAACAGUAUAUAUAUUGUACAAAUGUAAACUUUUCGAAUGUCUAAGUCGAGUAAUUCCUAAAAAUCCCAUGGGACGGUCACUUUCCAAAACAUUACAGAAAAUGAAGAUAACGGGAUCACUCAAAUCAGACGACCCACCAGAGCCAUACGCUUCAACGGAGCAAAGCGAAUCUAAGAAGAGGAGAAUGUCACACGCUCAAGAGGGCCACCCGUUCAGAAAUGGUAAUCAAGUAGACGAAACACCCUGCAUGCCACAGCUAUCGAAAUAG